ACAACGUGGGUUCGGUGGACCGGCGGAGGUCCGUCUCUUUUCCUCUCCUCAGCGACGAGGCGUGCGGGGGAAGGUUGAGAGAGAAAGGUGGUCGUGGUCCCGUACUCCCGUGGAAGAGGCGUCCCCGGGCUAAUGCGUUGAGGGCUCGCCGGCGUAGAGAUCUUCCGGCGGCCUAGUUGACGAUGGGAAACUCGCUUGGUUGCUCGGCUUCCGGGGAACGUCUUGUGUCGGCGGCUAGAGAUGGUGAUUUCAUUGAGGCUCGCAUGUUGCUCGAAUUCAACCCUUGCCUUGCCAAGUACUCCACCUUCGGCGGCCUCAAUUCCCCGCUCCAUUUCGCCGCCGCAAAGGGGCACAACGAUAUAGUUACGCUGCUGCUGGAGAAUGGGGCGGACGUGAAUUCGAGGAAUUAUUGCGGCCAGACGGCGUUGAUGCAAGCUUGCCGGCACGGGCACUGGGAAGUCGUGCAGGCUCUGUUGCUCUACCGAUGCAAUGUUACUAGAGCGGAUUAUCUCAGUGGUAGGACGGCGCUACACUUUGCAGUGGUGGAUGGGCAUGUGAGGUGCAUAAGGCUUUUGGUUGCUGACUUUGUCCCGAGCUCGCCCUAUGCGACGGCAGCUUCCAUUGAGGUUGGGGACGGAGAUGGUUGCAGCAGGAGCAGCAGCCUUGAUUCUUCUUUGGGACUUAGAUAUGAUCAGAUUUCUCUGGCAAAGUUUAUUAGCAAGCCAGCUGAUGGCGGUAUCACGGCUCUUCACAUAGCAGCUUUGAAUGGUUAUGUUGAGUGCGUUCAGCUGUUGCUUGAUUUGCAUGCCAAUGUUGCUGCUGUGACAUUUCAUUAUGGUUCUUCGAUGAAUUUGAUUGGAGCGGGAAGCACUCCUUUGCAUUAUGCAGCUUGUGGAGGCAAUCUUAAAUGUUGCCAGUUACUCUUAUCUAGAGGUUCUAGCAGAUUAGCAUUGAACUGUAAUGGUUGGAUUCCAGUUGAUGUUGCUAGGAUAUGGGGCCAUCAUGCACUUGAGGAUUUACUUGUGCCCAAUUCUGACAUGAGCAUACCAAUUUUUCCGCCAUCGAAUUAUCUUACAUUGCCUCUAAUGAGCAUACUUAAUAUCGCAAGAGAGUGGGGUUUGCAAUCCUUGAUCGUUUGUGAUGAUGCUGAUCUCUGUCCAGUUUGCCUAGAAAGAUCCUGCAAUGUAGUUGCUGAAGGUUGCGCACAUGAGUUCUGUGUCAAGUGUGCUCUCUACCUUUGCUCAACCAGCAACUACACGUCAGAAACUUUAGGCCCUCCUGGAACAAUUCCAUGUCCUCUUUGCCGUAGUGGGAUAGUCUCUUUCACUAGACGGCACAGUAACCAAACAAAGGAGCUCAAAUCAACACCAUCUCUCAGUUUCUGCAACCCUUGCAUUCUCCAUUCUCGAGCCAUGGAGCCACCUGCAACGCCUUGUAGAUCCGAGUUCUGUAAGAACCGUGAAAUGGCUUCAGACCUAAUGUGCCCGCUCACUUGCGCUCCAUUCCCUUCUGUUGCCAUCCCUACCUGUUAUUGUGACGAUGGCCCGUGCCCAGCUCUUGAACUGCAAGAUGAGAGCACGCAUGGACAAUCUCCUCAUCGCUCGCAGAGCUUGGUGAGCGAAUCCGAUAAAUUUGAUGAUCGAAGGCUUGAGAGAAGUAGCUGUUCUGGGAUAUUUUGGAGCAGAAGAAGUUGCCACAGAGAACACCAGUGCAAUGCUGAGAUAAAUGCUUGAACCUCAGUUACAUAAUUUUUUUUUUCUUCUCUCUCCCUGGUUUUUUAAGCCUCUUCACGCUGGGAAAUCAGUUCCAGGUUAACAAUGCCGGCUUGCCGACUUGUCAGUCUGAGACUGGUGAGGAGCUAUGGUUGAGCUCUUUGUUAGUAUCAUUGGGUAUGGUUUCUGUAUAUGGUUAACUUCUUGUUGUUCAACAGAAAGCAGCUAUAUGUCUUAAAUCAUUUGUAUGUUCUGUGAUGAAUUGGGUAUGGUGACUUGUUCAUUUGAACUUGGAUUCGUGGUUCUGCCAUGGAGAAUGAUGGUUCUUUUUAUAGAAUAUAAUUGGUGGCUAGAUUAUCUAA